AUGACUACUGGUUCCCGGGUAGAUUUUAAGCAUAGGACUAUCGAUGCCAAACUACACGAUGCCACACCGAUUGACUUUGAACUUGCGAAAACGGAGCGUGAGGGGAAUAAGCCGAUUAUUCGCCCAUACCGGACAGGAGAUGGCGUUUUAGGGGUCACUGACUUGUUCUUCGAUACUCUAUCGACGUUGAAUCUUGUUGUUGGCUCGCUAUUUGCAAUUCGGGUCACCUUAUUUGAGGAUGCCACUAUCAUCGCCUUCAAAUUCUCGCACUUUUUCGUGGACGGGCAGGGAUGCUACGAUAUCGUCCGUCAGUACAACGACUCACUUUGGGGAAAGGAGUUACCCAAAGGAGUACCCCCGCCCGGGAUCGAUAAGAAGCUUUCGGAAAUGAUAACUGGAGAAGAUACAACUCUAGUAGACCCUCCUGAAGCUGGAGGCUGGGAAUAUAUCCGUAAUUGGUGCCAAGUUGGCCUCGCGGGUUUUGCCAGGAUCAUUGCUCAGGGAAUUUACCAGGACUAUGCUGCGAAGUUCGGGUUGACUGAACCCGGGGUCGAGAAGCAUAUAUACCUACCACCGAGGUUUAUCUCGGCACUUCAAGAUUCAUGUCAGAGAGAGAUUGACGACUUGGCAAAGGAAACGGGGGAACAAGUUAGGCUUUCAAAAAUGGAUAUUGUCAAUGCUUGGUGGACAAAAAGAAUCUAUAGUUCUUUCAGAGAUUCGCUGUUCCUGUCAAUGGGAUAUGCCUUCAACUUCGGCGAUAGAAUCCAGAAGGAUCCGAGCGAGAAGUAUUUCCAAGGUCAUUACUUCGGGCUUUAUGUCCCACUAGGUACCGUUGGCGAAAUGAAAACCCAGUCGUUGGCCCAGGUGGCUCUCAGGAUUCGCAAGCACGUUGCUAUGGCGAAACAGCCUAGUGUCAUUAAGGACAAUCUAGAGUACUUGGAAUCGAUCCAAGGGCAAAAGGUUAUCCCACUCCCAAAGGAUGGGGAUAGCGAAGGUGCACCCUUAUUCUCGAGUUGGAACAAAUUCUCUUUUGAGAAAUUGGAUUUUAGUCCGGCGCUGGAAGCGGGUUCAGGUACAGGGAAAGUAUUAUUCAACAACUCUCGAAUUGUUCUUCCGUUGAAUAUCUUCUGGAAGCCAAAACUGUUGUUCUUCAAUGAUUCAGAUGGUGGAAUUUGGUGCCAAUCUAUGCAACUACCAAGUCAUUGGAAAGGCUUCGAAGACAUCAAUGAGUACGAGCGACCGACUACAUAA